CCUCCCACUCAACUCACCCACGUUCGCCUAUGGAUCUUCCUCGAUCACUUCCAUACCGUUUCUGUGACCUCUGCUCCGGUGCACAUCAAAGACCGCGCAUGUGACUGGACUAUUUGCUAACCGCUUGAUCGAGAGCUGGGACAAUAUUCUUCUCAGUCGCGGACUUCACCGGCAUUUUGCGCUGGUAGUCCACAUCUCGCACCUCCUGCUGUCCGGCUUCGUGACAACGCACACAGGCAAAGUCGCUUCCCGCACCUAAAUCUCGCUCGCGGCCGAUUACAUCUGAGUGAGGAGCAACUCGCUUCAUCGCUGCUCUGCCGCCACUCGUUGCAAGCCUCAUGGCCACGACGUCGGUAGCCGGUCCUUCCGCGGCCGUCUACACCGCCAGUAACCCCGAUAGUUCCGACUUCAGAAGAUCGGGCUUCGUCCUUCCCUCUUCUUCGCGCUCACUUCUGUCUCCUUAUGAGGAUCAGGAUGGCGAGGCUGGCGUAGCUUUCUCUCCCCACUCGAGAUUGGAUGUCCCCGCUCGCAGCUUGCCAUCCUCGUCUUCAUCUGUUUCUCCUCGAACUCAACAGAGGAGACGCAACAAUGUAGCAGCAGGCAGUGCUCAAGCGAGCCGCAGUGCAAACUCGAAUGGGAGGUCAUUAGGCGCAGAUAGCUCCCCUCCGAGCCCUGAUGGCUCAUCGCAACCUGAAAGAUCGCACAACGCUGGCCAGCAAGAUGACACACAUAGGACACUCGACGGCUCGGCUCAGAUCGCUAGGCACGGCAGGCAUAGGGCGAGCUCGACCAGACGAGGUUCGUCCUCGCUGGCUUUCUUACAACCUCUUGCACAUACUGCGGGUCCGACCAUCUUCCUCUCCAACACUCGUCCACAUGCGCCAACAGCUCCUGGUGUGAGCCUGCACAGCUCCUUAAGUCCAUCGCUGCCCCAGACCGCUUUUCCACUACAUAGACAUCAGCGCGCUUCUCGAGCGCCGGCAAGCUUGACAAGCGCCAACUUGGCAGUGGCUGCUCAGACAAGUACCGUGGUAGCUGCAGAUCAGCAGAACGUCGAUUUCACAGCUGCAUCAGAAUAUGUCCCGUCGGCCUCAAAUCUGCCCUCUAGUGCCACAGCGAACGAUUCGAAAGCGGCUAGCAGCACGAGCGAUGCAACGGCGACCGCAACGUCGCCAUCUGCUUCUAUUGCGUCUUUGCCCAAAGCACCAGCCUGGGGCGCUCCGAAGAAUUGGGCUACUUUGGCAUCAGGCUCGGGCAGCUCCCAGUCUCUGGCCUACACCGCUACACCGUCAAGCUCAAGCGCGGUCGCCACUCCAAUCACAUCCACUGCAGGCAGCCCUGACACGUCUCGUCAACCCUCGAUCAAUGGCAGUGUGCAUCCUUCUUCAUCGCAACAUUUGGCCAGUCGCCGGUCUACAAGCCGACCCCCAGUCCUUACUGAGAGACAGGCCCGCCUGCAAACUCUCGAAGCUCGUCUUCGGGCAGCAGAGUCCGUCUUUGCCGCCCCCUUGACCGCUCCUCGAGGCAUGAUCAACAAGGGUAACUUCUGCUUUGCAAACGCGAUCCUUCAAGUCCUUGUGUAUUGCGCGCCGUUUGUCAAUCUAUUCACUCUAGUUGGCACGGAAGUUCCGCCUGACUUCUCUAACUCGACGCCUUUGAUGGAAGCCAUUAUACAAUUCCUUCGAGAGUUUCAUCCGGUUCCUUCGGGCGCACCGCCUUCUGCACAAGCUCUCGAUACCUCGGAGCCGUUCGUGCCUGACUUCGUCUACGACGCUAUGCGCCUCACGAAGAGAUUCGACACGAUGCGAAGAGGACAUCAAGAAGACGCGGAGGAGUUUCUUGGCUUCUUGUUGGACACUCUGCACGAGGAGCUUUUGUCUGCUUUGAGAAAGCUAGAAGCCCGCGCCGGUGCGUUGAUGGCGAGUGUGGCGGCGGAAGAGAACAGCGUAGCAGGCGAGGAUGAUGUAGGCGCGGAAGAGCGUGUCUUGCGUCGACCAGUGAGCCCCGGCGAGGAGGGGUGGAUGGAGGUCGGCACGAAGGGACGCGUCGCCCAUACCCGGACAACGGCUACGUCAGAUUCUCCGAUCACGAGGAUAUUUGGUGGAAAGUUGCGUUCCGUUCUGCGCACUCCCGGCAUGAAGGACAGCGUGACGCUAGAGCCAUAUCAGCCGCUUCAGCUUGAUAUAGCGCCUGCGCACAUUCACACGUUGUCGGACGCCUUGAAAAGCUUGGUGGAGCCUGAGAUCAUUCCUGGCGUGUGGAGCCCUGCGCGAGGUGCCCAGGUCGAUGCUACAAAGACGGUAUGCAUCGAAAGUCUACCACCCGUCCUUGUUCUUCACCUCAAGAGGUUUGUCUAUGAGGCUGGCGAGGUUCGCAAGAACUCCAAAGAGCUCGAGUUCUCCACACAGCUAGAGGUCGCCGAAGAGGUUGUGGCUCUCUCGAGAAGGGCUGAGGCAAAGCGGCGGUAUAGACUCUUUGGAGUUGUCUACCACCACGGCCGCUUCGCCUCGGGCGGUCAUUAUACUGUCGAUGUGCUCAGACAGGAUGGCAACGAGUGGUUGCACAUUGACGACGUCUUGUGGUCUGCCUGUCCUCCACCUGGAGGCUCCUCCUCGUCCGUCUCGGCAUCGUCGACUGCACCGCAAGCAGCUUCACGCACGCACGAGGGCGUGCCUUAUCUGCUCUUCUACGCCAGGGAAGAUUCCUUGCCGCAAAGCGCUCUGGCCCAGGUCGAUGGUGACAGCAGCAAGAAAACAACCAGCAGGCCGGUCGUCAACGGCAUGCGACAUCAGCGAACCGUUUCUGGAGGAGACGGUAAACAGAGGCAAGUUAAUGGAAGUGCGACACCACGCGUGCACGCUCAGAGCCCCGCGACUGCCACGGGUGCUCCGCUUCCAGAAGCUGCGGCAGCGCCCAAGAAGAGAGUGGUACCAGGUGCCGCGCCGCCUCCCGCAAAAUCUGCCGUCAAAAAGCACCCCAAACAAGACGGCAUUUCAGUCAAUGGAAACGCAAUCGUCCCCUGAGACGCCCCCCUCGGCCACAAUAGCUCCCCCUCAUCAUUUCUUGCGCGAAACAUCGCCUCCCUUCAUCCUUUGCGACUCUAGACUGCCCGUUGCGCACACCUUGUCUUUGCAGCUGUCGUGUACACUACAUCUUGUUCGUGGCUCAAAAAAUCGCAAAUGCUUCGCCAGU